ACUUUUCUAAAGGCUUCAGCGGGGACCAUAUGGGGCCGGGGAAUUUGUAGGUUAUCCAGAUAUUGACCUACCAUGCGUGCUGAAGUUCAAAGUCUAGACUCUUCAUCACAUGCAUGCCCUUGACGUCUCUUAUCCCCUUCUAUAUCAGUAAUAGUAUUUCAGAUUAACUGUGCUUUCAAGACACAUCAACCAGUUUGAGAAAAGGGGUAACAACUUCGAAUUUGAUCGUAUAUACGGACCUAAGUCAGAGUGCAAUAAUGGCGUCAAGCAUGUCCUCUCCUGUCCCCGAUGCUUCGAAAUCAACAUUACAACUACCAGCAGCACACGCCACAGUUGGAUCCAAGGUAGAAGUCCAUUUAACCUUGCGUGGAAGCAGAGGGAAUCCAAUGGUUGGAACUGGUUUGAUGUCAUCUGUAGACGGGGUUCUUGAGUCACCCAACGGCCAAUGUUCUCAGCGUAUCCAGUUCCCUGACACAGUACCUGUUGGUGGUGUUUGUAAGGCCAUAGUCUGGCUUAACCAUGUAGGUGUCUAUCAGGUCCACGUGAAGAUCUGCGGCAGCGAAAUCAAGGGAAGUCCUGUCAAGAUAGUAUCAGGGGUCCGUGGUAACCUCUUAAAGACCUACAAACCGCCGAUGAACCAACCACACGAUAUCAUCAAGCAUGAUAACAUUUUUGUAGUUACGGACAAGUCCAACAACCAGGUUCAGGUUUUUGAUUCGGAAUUCCGCCCUGCCAACAAGUUCUGUUCGCCCGAAAGUACCGACAUGGGAAAGUUUGAUCCAUACGCCGUUGCCUGGACGGGGGAAACGUUCGUAGUCACUGAUCUCAACAAUCACUGUGUCGUCGAGUUCAAAAACUUUGUCCCGUUUCAGGUUUUUGGUAAGGAGACGCUUCAGAAACCUUGCGGGAUAGCAGUGGGUAGAGAUGGCUCUGUUUACGUGGCGGACUGUCAGAAGCACUGCAUCUUUCAAUUCGACAAACAUCGAGAAUGUACCUUCAUCAUUGGGGGACAAGGGUCAGCUCUGGGACAGCUCAGUGCUCCUUGGUUUCUGGCCAUGAACUCAAAAGGUAACCUGGUUGUGUCCGAGUUCAAGAACCGAAGGGUGCAGGUUUUUAAUCCGAAAAAGAGACAGCCAGUUCGCAUCAUUGACGUCAAACAUAACGGCAAGGCGUGGGACUGUCGUGGGCUUGCGUUGGACCAGAACGACAAUAUCUACGUGACUGUUCGGAGUGGUCUAAUGCGAGGAUGGAGUGCUGAGCGCGUUCUGGUUUACGCCCCAAAUGGAGAUUUCCUCGGAGCUUUCGGAGAAGGAUUCAAUUAUGCUCGCGGGAUUACCGUCACCCAAAAGGGUGAAAAGACACUUGCUUACGUAGUGGAUGGUGCUAAUCAUCGCAUCCUGGAGUAUGAAAUGUAAAAUAUAUUCAAUAUAGAAAUAUAUAACUACCAUCAUAGUCAAAACAAAUAAAUUAGCUACUUACAAUCAAUGCACUGGAUACGAAGUAAUAAUAAACUCGAAUAAGACCUUAAGAGCUAUUUCCAAAGAAUACAAAAACAGUUCUUUUUAUGAUCCUUCAAUCAAAGUUAUUUAUUUACCUUGUUUAAUUGUAUAAUAUUAUAUGGGAUAUUACACAAUAUUAUUUAUACUGACUUGUAUUACACUCUAUUAAGCACAAUGUUCCCACGAGCACUGUAUGCAAUGCCACACUAGUUUUGGAAUUACCUUUACUUUCUAUGGUCUGAAAGGUAUCAGGUUGCAAGGUGCUCCAAGACCAGAAAGGUGCACAGUUGCACUCUUUAAAGUACUCCAAAAGACCGUAAAGGUGCACAUUUUAAAGAUUAUCCAAGACCAGGAGAUGUAAAGUCGCACUUUGAAGGUGCUCAAAGACCAGAAAGAUUGGACCAUUUUUUUUACUCUUAUGUAAAUGGAAACCCCAUGUUAUGUACCUUUUAUUUCUUUCACAAUAAAAGAGGUGCAAUUUUGCACCCAAAAUAUCAAUCCUUUGGACGCAAACUUUAUUUUAAAGGUGCAAAGUUGCAUCUUUUAGGUUGCAAAUUGGCAUGCUGAUGCAAAAAGGUGCAGUUAUGUACCUUCGCUUACGAUGCAAGAUUGCACCGUUCCAUUAUUAUAUGAACCUUUCUUUAAAGUGUGUAGGCAUAUCAUAUUUCAUAAUUGGGCUGGCCUUUCAUCAUUUUUUUUUACAGGCCUACUACUAGAGUAGAUGAGAGGUGUUGAAUGGAGCCCCGCGGUAUAACAUUGUUAUUAUAUCACUAUAGGUCUGUUACCGAUUGGACCGGCUUUUAUGAUUAUUUUUUUGCUGAUAUAAGGGGCAGCUCUUUCUUAGGAUAAUGCAUAUUUAAUUUAAAUUGCCUAUACUAAAUUAACAAAAUCACUUAAUCAUUUAAGUAUGUACAGUUCAUAUUUCCGCUUCUUUCUCUAAUGUUUUAGAAAUCGCAUAUUUUCUACUCUUCAAAUAUAUUUUGAUAUCGCUUAUUUUAAGCACAUAUACAUAAUAUACAUGACUAUGGUUGACAUUUUAAUUGUGAUAUUUUACUGCUAAAUUCUCAAAUAAGCAGUUUUUUUGUAUAGGCCCCACUGCUAGAGUAGGUGAGAGGCGGUGAAUGGAACGCCAACGGUAGGCCUAUUUAUAUCACUAAAGGCUUGUCAUAUUUUAUAAGUUGCCCAUUGGACCGGCUUUUAUGGUUGUUUUGCUGAUAUUAUAUGGAUCUGCUCUUUCUUAGGGAAAUGCAUAUUGAAUUUAAAUUGCCUAUACUAAAUCAAUGAUAUAAUCACUUAAUCGUUAAUGUAUGUAGAUAUUUUCGCUUCCUUCUCUUGUGUUUUAGAAAUGGUAUCCAAAUGUUCUAUUCUCUCAAUAUUUUUGUGUAUAAUAACGCCCCUUUCUUUAUUUCGUUAUCGCUUAUUUAUUAUAAGUAAAUUGCUGUCUUUAAAGUAUAUGGUUGACAUUGUUUAAUUGUGAUAUUUUACAGCUAAAUACCCAAUAAGCAGCUUCAUUUCUAUAUCUGAAAUAGAUACAGUACGUAAAAUAUUAAGUACUAAUUUAUAUGGGACAAAAUGUAUGUAGCAAGACAACCAAAGAGAAAAAGGAGAAAAGGAAAAGAAAAAAAAAUUACAUAAUUGAUAUUAUUUUCUGCAUGUUCAAAUCUAUCACAAAAAUAAUAUGUUUGCUCGCAGUCUUCGCUCGCACGCAGCUUUUCAGAAUUGUUUCCUCAUUUACCAUGUUGUGCAGCCACAAAAUGUUUAGCUCCUUAUGCUAUCGAAUGUUACUAAGCUUUCGACAAAUCAAAGUUUUAUUUGCUCAGAAUAUGCGCCUUAUCUAUUGUCUGUUGACUGUUUAGUAGAAACAGGAAACUUUUGAAAACUUUUAUUUCUUCUAGUGAGUUUAAACCUUUCAAAGUAGCUUGUACAUCUAGAUAGUUCAAUAUUUUUAAGUAGGUCUUGAAAUUGAAAUGCUCUGUAUACAGUAUCUUUCAGUACUAUUACGUUACAUUGUUGCUGAUUCGUAAGUAUUGAAAUAUCUAUUCAUUAGUAUAGUUAUUGGUACUUUAUUGCAUUUAAAUGCGUUAUUAAAAAAAAAUCGCGACGCGAUACAAGUAAUAGAAAUCGAUAAAACCCAUUUAUUGUACACCAUCCGAUGGGAUUUUGACGAGCUUUGUUCUUGAAACUUUCCUCUGUAAUAUUUCUAAAAUUAUAUCAUAUUAAAGUAUUACGGUCGCACUCA